AUGUUCCGUUCAUCAACAUUUUUUCGUCAUUUUUUAGUCCAGUCACCCACUAGUUACUCCUUGGUUUCAACAUUGACGAAGCAGCCCUUUCAUCCAUCCAGCGUCCAUUAUUGUUCGUAUCUCACAGACUCGAGAGGCGUAGUGAAUAUCCCGACUAUCCGUCUGAAAUUGGAUAAACUGAUCGAAAAGUAUAAACAAUUGUCGGAAAAACGGAAUGAGCUUUCACCAGAUUUAACCGAGUAUGCCAAAGUAUCAAAGGAAUUGACAGAACUGGAGAAUAUCGUUUUACCGUAUGAAGAAUUAAAGAAAGCAGAAAAGGAAUUAGAAGAUGUAGACCUAAUGAUGAAUGACGCGCAUGAAGAUCAAGAUUUGAAGGAGCUUGCAAAGGAAGAACGUACACGGAUUUCGCAGAUUGUCGAGGACAUAGAAAAAACACUUGUUCAAUCAUUAGUUCCCAAAGACAUUGCUGAUUCUGGAAGUGCAAUUUUAGAAAUCAGGGCAGGUACUGGAGGCGAUGAGGCUGGUCUUUUUGCUGGAGAGAUGUUUCGAAUGUAUGAGCGAUAUUCAAAUGUGCGAAAUUGGAAAUUUGAAUCACUUAACAUCUCCGGUGAUAUUCUUGGUGUCAUCAAGGAAGCAACGGCAUCAAUAUCAGGAGACGAUGUAUUCGGAAAUAUGAAGUAUGAAGCUGGAGUUCAUCGAGUUCAACGGGUACCGGUGACAGAAGGUCAAGGACGGGUUCAUACCAGUACAGUUACCGUUGCCAUACUUCCCCAACCAACCGAGGUUGAACUCGUUUUGAAAGAAUCAGACUUUCGAAUCGACUACUACCGUUCAAGCGGUAAAGGAGGGCAACACGUGAACACAACGGAUAGCGCAGUCCGAUUGACGCACGUUUCCACGGGCAUAGUCGUCUCAAUACAAGACGAAAGAUCCCAAUAUAAGAAUAAAGCUAAAGCGUUUAAAAUCAUGAGGGCGAAAUUGUACGAAGCUAACCGCACACUUAUCGAGAAUGAGAGACGUGACUCUAGGCGCAUGCAGGUUGGAAGCGGCGAUAGAUCAGAGAAAAUUAGGACGUAUAAUUUUCCACAGAACCGAGUGACAGACCAUAGAAUUAAUCUUACUCUCUAUGAAUUGGAAAACAUCAUGAAUGGAGAGUCAUUGCAAACCAUCAUUGAUAGGUUGAAGUUUCAUUACGAAACGGACGCAAUGAUGCGAUGGGCUGAAUAG